AUUUUUAUUGGUGAGAUAUCCAUGUAUUUCAUAAAAUCAACCCGAGAAACCCUUAUUAUCCAAGAGAAAACUAUUUUGACUGGAGAGUGCUGUUACCUGAACCCACUGCUUCGAAGAAUAAUACGUUUUAUAGGAGUGUUUGCAUUUGGACUUUUUGCCACUGACAUAUUUGUAAAUGCUGGUCAGGUUGUGACUGGGAACUUGGCUCCCUACUUCCUGACUGUAUGUAAACCCAACUACACUGGAAAUGACUGUCGAGCCCACCACCAGUUCAUAAACAACGGCAACAUCUGCACUGGGGAUGUGGGGGUGAUUGAAAAGGCAAGGAGAUCCUUUCCAUCCAAACAUGCUGCUUUGAGCAUCUACUCAGCUUUAUAUGCCACGAUGUACAUCACAAGCACAAUUAAAACAAAGAGUAGCAGGUUAGCCAAACCUGUGCUGUGUCUGGGUACCCUCUGUGCUGCAUUCCUCACUGGGCUAAAUCGAGUUUCUGAAUAUCGAAACCACUGUUCGGACGUGAUCGCAGGCUUCAUCUUGGGCAGUGCUGUAGCUUUGUUUCUGGGGAUAUGUGUUGUCCAUAACUUUAAAGGCACUCAUGGAGCUCCUUCUAAACCGAAGCCUGAAGGAAUGCCGCUAAUGGCUUUUCCAAGAGUGGAAAGUCCUCUGGAGACAUUGAGUGCACAGAAUCACUCUGCCUCUAUGACGGAAGUAACCUGA